AUGGUUCUCCGCAAUUUUUACGUGUUCUCGAGGGGUAUGAGUUCGGCUAAUGCAGCGGCUGCUGGCUUUAUUACUUCACCGCUACGCACUGCUCACAUCAAAACUGCCGCACGUUCAGCUGCCGAUGCAGUUCCCAGUACCGCGUCGGAGCCUAAACCACGUUCGCCACCACCACCACCACCACCCUCCCUGGAGAAGAUAGAGGUUUUUGUGGAUGGGAAGCCAGUUAUGUGUGACCCAAGGAUGACUGUGCUACAAGCCUGUGCAGUCGCUGGUGUGCAGAUUCCUAGGUUUUGCUAUCAUGAACGUCUUUCCAUCGCCGGAAAUUGUCGAAUGUGCCUUGUUGAGAUUGAGAAAUCUCUUAAGCCGGUUGCAAGCUGUGCCAUGCCUGUGCUACGUGGUAUGAGCAUCAAGACAGACUCUCCAGCAACAAAGAAGGCUCGCGAAGGUGUUAUGGAAUUUCUUUUGGUUAACCACCCCUUGGACUGCCCCAUCUGCGAUCAAGGCGGCGAGUGCGAUUUGCAGGAUCAGUCGAUGAACUUCGGUUCUGACAGAUCGCGUUUUGUUGACGUGAUGUUUACCGGAAAACGAGCUGUUGAAGACAAAAACCUUGGUCCACUGAUCAAGACCAUAAUGAAUCGAUGCAUCCAUUGCACUCGUUGCGUACGCUUUGCGAACGAGGUUGCUGGUGUUCCCGGACUCGGAACAACUGGCCGGGGGAACGAAUUGCAAAUUAGUACCUACAUCGAUCGACCCUUUCUCAGCGAGGUUUCUGGUAACGUUAUCGAUCUUUGUCCAGUGGGCGCGCUUACUUCAAAGCCCUAUUCAUUCACCGCCAGACCUUGGGAAACACGCCGUAUCGAGUCCAUCGAUGUGAUGGAUGCCUUGGGUACUAACAUUGUAAUUUCGAUGCGCACAAACGAGGUUCUCCGAAUUAUUCCUCGUUUGAACGAGCAUAUUAACGAAGAAUGGUUGGCUGACAAAGGGCGCUUCUCUUACGACGGUCUACGUCGUCAGCGCCUGGUCAUACCCAUGGUGCGUGAUUCCAGCGGAAAGCUUCGGGAGACUACUUGGGAAGACGCUUUAGUUGCAGUCGGUGAACGCAUGCUCGCUCUAAUUACCGACAGGAACCGGACUCCGCCUUCUAUACCUGCGAAUCGGAUAGCUGCGCUCGUUGGUCAGUUCGCAGAUGCAGAAGCAUUAACGGCCCUUAAGGAUUUGGUCAAUCGUUUCAACUCUGAAUUGACGUGCACCGAGGAAGCUUUUCCGUGCGACAGUGUGGAUUUUAGAUCAAAUUACUUGUUCAACUCUCGCAUUGCUGGAUUGGAGGAUGCCGAUUUAGUGUUGCUUAUCGGAACGAAUCCCAGAUUCGAAGCCCCGUUGCUUAACACUCGGUUGCGCAAAUGCUGGAUCCACAAUGAUCUUCAGGUUGCUCUGAUCGGACCAAAAGUGGACCUGACCUACGAUUACGAGUACUUGGGUCCCAGCUUGAACGUCCUCCAACAGUUGGCUUCCGGAAGCCAUCCGUUUGCUAAGCGCCUUCGGUCAGCAUCUUCUCCUAUGAUCAUUUUGGGUAGCGAGUGCUUGCAGCGUGCCGAUGCCGACGCGGUGCAUGCUAUCACUCGGUCUCUUGCUGCCAGCUUCCCUGCUCAAACUGGAUUUGCUCCAGUGUUCAAUGUUUUACAUCGCUCUGCAAGUCAAGUUGCGGCCUUGGAUCUGGGCUAUAUUCCACAGUUGGAUCCGAUCAAGAAGGAAAAGCCAAAAAUCCUGAUCAUGCUUGGCGCCGAUUGUGGCAAGAUUACCCGCACCGACUUGGCGAAUGAUUGCACGGUUAUUUACGUGGGCCACCAUGGAGACAAAGGAGCCCAGAUGGCCGACAUAGUGCUUCCAGCUGCCGCUUAUACCGAGAAGACCGGUAUCUAUGCGAACACAGAGGGAAGGGCCCAGCAAACACGACCUGCCGUGCUGCCGCCAGGCAUGGGGCGUGAAGAUUGGCGCAUAUUCCGGGCCAUAUCAGAAGUUGUCGGAAUGACGUUGCCUUAUGAUAAUAUCGAACAGCUACGGAACCGUAUUGGGCAAAUCGCUCCCUGUUUACUUGAAUUUAAUACUACUCCUGAUGCGUCACGAGAGACGUAUUUGUUGGCUAACCAACACUCAAAGACCAAAGCCGUUUCUGCAAAGUGUAGCUCAAAUCAGCCAAUAUCCCUGAGUCUUCUCGAGCUGUCUGAUUACUACAUCACCGACUGCAUCAGCCGUGCCUCACUUACGAUGGCAAAGUGUGUCAAGACGUACGAGGAAAUGCGACAUGAGUAG